UAUCGAUCCGGCCGGUGGACAUGCGUUUAGCGCCUUUAACUUCAUUGUGACAGGUGCCCUGUCCGGGGUAUCCUGUUCCGAGUGUGUCUCGUCGGCAAGGAGCACUAUGACCGUAAUAAAUAAUGUGACAUCACUGCGCGACGUCUAGCUCAGAAUCGCGGCCCGACCGACCGACGACGACGAGAAAUCAUGUACCCCGUGCAUGUUUGCCGAUAGAACAACGAAGUCACCGCGCGAGAGCUGUCUACUAGUGUCUGGAACAUGUGCCUUUGCUACGAAUUCUCCACGAUGCUGAUAAUUACGACGAAAUGGCGAACAUUCGGCCAAUGGGACGUACCCACGGUACGCGUGUACCGCGUACAUGUAUACAUUCCGUUCAGAUUCGGUAGGCGAGCAAUUACAACGGAGAAAUGAAUGCGAAUCGAUUGAAAGAGGAAAAGUUAGUCGAUUCGGAACACAUACAUUAUUGAGAAACACGUACAUGCACGUUUGCGAGCACUUGAAAAGUGAAGGUUAAACCGGCCCGUGGCUCAUUACUCGACAUUGCUGUGUAACAAGCAACCACUACUAAGACGGCUCUGACGGAGGAAACGUACGUGAGACGUACCUACGACACCACAUUCGUGACAAUUUGAACUACCAUCGAACUGGCUCGUGUAGUCAUCGUCAUUCCGAGCACACACAGCACCGUCGGCCUCGGUUCUCUAAUCAAUUACGGCUCCGCUUACAACGAUAUCAAUGCGAUCGCCGUUAUCCUUAUCUAGAGUAGCGUGGACGUCGGGAGAGUCGCACUGGGGAGUCGUUAAAGAGCGGCUCGGCCGCUCUGCCAUAAAGUGAUUGACACCGGCGAUGAUUGACUCUGACAAGUGUGCGUGACAGCUGAUUAACGAUUAACGGUUUGCGUCUUUGCAGCUAAGAACCCCGUUAACUUGAAAGAAAAAAAAAAACAACAAAAAGAACAUGACUGCCAUAGGCGACGUGCAAGCCUUGCAGACUCUCACAGUUUACACCAGCGAUAUAAACAGCGUCGACUUCGCCGGUGAUUGCGUGCUGGUAACGGGAUCCGGAGACAAGCGCGUCCGGGUUUGGAAAUGGCAGCCGGGCACCGGCUACGCGGAGGCUUACUUCUCGCCCCUGAUGGGGCACAAGUACGGCGUGACUUCGGUGAAAAUCAGCCCCCAAUCCACCAUGCUAGCCACGUCCAGCAUAGACGGUACCACGUUGCUUUGGAAUUUACGCACGGGGACGAAGAUACACACCAUGGUUCAAGUGGGCGGCGAAGCGGUGAGAGUAUGUAGAUUUUCGCCGGACUCGACGUUACUCGCGACCGCUGGGGAUAACGGGCAGGUCUGUAUCUGGGAUCUGGUUCACCGCAAUCUAAUCAGAUGCUUUCAAAAACACGAGGGUGCCGUGCAGAGCCUGUCCUUUUCGCCGGACUCCUGCUGGCUGAUCACAACGUGUACGUUGGGAGUCCUGAAGCUGUUCUCCACUGCCGAACUGAUCGACACUUGUACCUCUAGCAAUCAAGACGUCACGGAACUCGCUUCGAUCGACGAUGCUCACGACAUGGGAGUGGUUUGCUGCGACUUCUCGAGUUUUCAAGAAGUCACGUGUAACGAGCCGUACACCAAACUUUAUCAGCUGGUAACGUGCGGCAACGAUCACGACGUGAAACUGUGGGAGGUCACAGUGAGCCAGAAUAAAUGCGAGGCCCAACCUUCCACUGCCACCGUACAGCUUUGCAGAGUGAUGGAAAAGCACAGCAGUGCCUUAACUUGCGUCCGUUUCAGCAGCAACGGAUUAUACAUUGCCAGCUGUGGCCUCGACAAAACGGCAGUAAUUUGGGAGACGAGCUCGGGAAAAGUCAUGUCGAUAGUGGCCGGUCACAACAGGUACGUCGCUUGCUGCGCUUUUUCGCGCGACGGCAACCUAUUAGCGACAGGCUCCAACGAUAAGUCGGUGAUCGUGUGGGACUUGACGGGAAACCUAAACGUCGACUCCGAACUGUCGAGAGUUGGCGCGAAGUGGUUCGUGAAUGAUCCAGAAAAGGACGACGCGCACGAGCAGGACGUGAUGAGAAACGUCGAGACGUUCGCCAACGAGGUGAGAUUGAUUCAAAGACUGGAGGAGCACAACGGGGCGGUGAACAGCGUCGCCUUCCACGGGAAUAAUCUUUUGGCUUCGGCUUCAGGGGAUAAACUGGUGCGCAUAUGGAGCGUGGUGACGGAAGAGGAGGACGGGGAGGAGGCGAUCAAGAUUCAGGAGAAACCUUUCAGUCCGCUCGACGGUCACACCUACAGCGUCAACUACGUGGAGUUCAGUCCGUGCGGCACGAUGCUCGCCUCCUGCUCGCUCGACGGAACGACUCUGGUUUGGAACACAGAGAUCGGCGGCCAGGCGAAGUCUUCAUUCGUCAAUUCGGGAACGGGCAUCCGAGUGUGCCGUUGGUCACCGGAUGGCGUGAAAAUUGCCACCGCCGGGGACGACGAGAAAACGACGUUAUGGGACGUGGCGACCAUGGAUGAGCUGCAGCAAUGUUACAGUGUCUUCGAGGGACAUGCUGACGCGAUAUCGGCCAUCGCGUUCACGCACGAUUCCCGAUACUUGGUAACCGCUUGUAACGAGGGCACCUGGCGGCUCUUCGAUACCCUGGACGAGAAGAACGGCGGCGAAGCGUUGAUGGUUUGCGACGCUAGUCACGAUCUGGGCGUUCAGGGAUGCGACUUCAGCCCCACUUCAAGCUCCGCGAUGUGCACCAGGGACUCGGACAUGAACGUCGACCAGCAGAUAUAUCUCUUGGCGACGUGCGGCAACGAUUCGCUGGUGAAACUAUGGCACGUAAUUAUUUCGAACGAGCCACCUCCCGAUCCGGACAGCAUCGGAACGAGCGACACCGGGACGCGUUAUAAGGAGAAGAAAUCUUUGGCCGGGCACGGUGGAAACGUAAUGUGCGUCCGUUUCUCGCCUGUCCACGGGGAAGUUUUAGGCAGCGUCGCGACGGACAGGACGGCUCGUAUAUGGAGCGUGUUUUCCGGAAGUUGCCUGUACGUCUUGGAGGAUCACGACAGUCUUGUUACGUCGUGCGCAUUUUCCGAAGAUACGUCUCUCUUCGCCACAGGUGCGUUGGAUAAGACUGUCCUGGUUUGGAAAGUGCCGCAGCAAUUAGUGUCACAAAGUAAUCUGAUUGAUAGUCUGAGAAACAAAAAGAAAAGGGUGACGGAUUGGAAUGUGCACGACACUUUGAAAUGGCUAAACGACAUCGAGUUAUCCAGACUGUCCAGGAAAGUGCUUCCUCUGGGAUUGACUGGGCGACAUUUAUUAUCCAUAUCGGAAAACGAGCUGAUAUCUAGAUUAGAUAUCGAUAACGACGAAGAGGCGGUGGAGACAUUGAAGAAGCAGUUAUAUUGGCUGAAGCGUGAAGAUUACAACGUUACGGAAAAUAUAGACGAAUCUGAGAUUCCCCACGAAUUCCUGUGUCCCAUAACUCACGAAAUAAUGAAGGAACCCGUGCAAUGUUCAGAUGGAUUUACCUACGAGAGGGCGGCUAUAAACGAAUGGUUCCUGUGCGGCAAAUACAGCAGUCCGAUGACGAAUGAGCCCUUGCACGACACUUCCUUCACUCCGAACAUCGUUCUCAGGAACGCUAUACUGACCCUACUCCAUGGAGAAGGACCGCAAUAAUGAUCGAAACUUACGCAUCGCAUUGCAAUACGAGAAGAGAGAACCAGAGAAUACUACACGCAUGUGUCGGCAACUUGCGACACGUGAUAAACGAUUUUAUUCGUUUGACGUAACGAUAUUCGCUCACUCGCAAGAAUCAAAAAGUAUUCCCAGCGAGAAAUGAACAUCGAAUCGACCCGUCAAAUCGCUGCCAAAUCGACACCGAGACGAUUCGAAAUUACAUCGAAUCGACGUGAUCGAUUUGACGGCAAUUUGACGAGUCAUUUCUCGCUGAGUUUGAACGUCAGCGUAGAUAUAACCAAUCGAGACCAAUUAGGCAAAAGUACGAGUGAUGGAGCGAUAAUUGUAUAACUGAACCGUCAAGGAAUACAGUUUAUGAAGAGACGUUGCGAUUCCUGAAUUUUACGCAAUUAUGAAAUCGGAAUUAUUGUCACGUACGUGACUCUAUUCAGGGAUGGCGCGUAUACAAUUAAUGCUGUUGUAAUUUUGAUCUUAUCAGUAUGGAAGAAAAAGAGAGAUGAAACGAUCUUAUCAGUAUGGAAGAAAAAGAGAGAUGAAACGAAUAUCUAGAGAGGAAUAUUAUAAAAAAAAAAAAGAUUUCCGACACACAUCCGACGAUACGGUGCGUGUACUAUACUCAAACAAUUCCAGAUACCUGAUGCAAAGCAACAGUACAAGUUUACGAAAAUUUAUUGACAAUCCUUGAGGUUACGGAUAGUGGAAGUGUUGGUCUAAGUAUCAAUAUUACGGUAUAGCCGAACGUAUAUAUACGUAUAUAUAGAUAGAAGUAUCGGAGAUAUAUCGGAUUUUAUAUUGGUUCUACACGUAAGCGGGAUUUACCGAGUCGACCGCUCUCGACCACUUCGCAAAUGUGGCGUGCGUCUUGACUACUCUAGCAUCUCGCAUUUCUCAAAUCUUUUAUAUAAUUCCAAUAACUCGUCUUUUCGUUAAACAUUCGACCGGGUCCCAUAGGGUUCACCGGCGAUUUUAUAAAACGUUCUCCUCGAAGUACCAAAUAUAUCAAAUAGUAAUAAUUUCGAAUCUCUAAGAUUGUAUCGACAGGGUUAACUUUGCACGGGACGAAGAAUUUAGGACUGUUUAGUGUCGAGGUAAGCGGAUUCCCUGAAGGUCGUUGAGUAUUACUCUAGAUGCUAAACGAGCCCUGAGACCAUUUUUACGAUGGCGCAAAGUUGCAAAGUUUUUAUCCCAUCUCACAGUAUUGAGACUUUUAAAUGAGAAGCGGCUGGAAACCAAGUUUUCAGUUUAGCAAUUAAUGAAUAAUGAAGCGACUGAGAAAUCUGCGCGUUAUAAACACGUUUUAGAACGGAUAUGCUACUUGGUAGUAUAGAGAAAUAUUCGUGCCUAAUCUAAGACUAACGGCGAGGAAUUAUCGCGUUUCUCGAAAUAUCGAAGAUAUAUAACUCGAUUUUCUAAUCCACGGCAUCAUCGCAUUUUAACGAGCAUUCGAUUUCUUUGACAGUAUACUUUGAAAUUCGUAGAGAUGUUGAUUGACAUGCGUGAUUUAUAUGUGAUAAUGGUAUGCAUUGCUCUAUUUACGACUAUUAAGAUGUAUAUUAGUUCUCGAUAUUUUUCGUUAGUCGCACUGAUAUGCCUGUUAAAAAAAUUUUCAUAUAUAAUCACAUAUAAUUACGUAUAAGGCGUUAUGUAUGACAUUUGUCCGCAUAUAUAUAUAAAAAUAUAUAAUUAUAUAUA